AUGAAGUUGCAAAACCUCUUGUUCAUUACUAGUGCUAUUGGUCAUAGUAUUCCGAAUGUUCAUAGAAUUUCUAAAAUUGUUGCCAGAGACGAAUUGGCUGAAAUCAAUAGCAUUUACGACUCAUUGUCUUCUAAUGAUUUAGAUUACAUUAACAAACAUGUUGAUAACUUGAAAAAUUUCGAUGGUUCUGAUUGUGAUGCAUGUAAGAAUAAAAUGUCUUAUGCCAGAGGGUUAAUUGAUGACGAUGAAGAUGCUCAACAUUUGAUCAGUUUAACAUUAUUCAAGUAUUGUCUUGAGUUAAAUGAUAAUGAUCCAACUGCAUGUGAAAAGACCGAUUUUUUCAUUACAACUCAAUCAAAAUAUGCUGAUAACUCUUAUGGAGUGUUUGAUUCAGCUUUCCCAUCAGGAGGUGCCUUGGACAUGUUCGAUAAUGAUUUCAUUCAAGUUUUGAAGAAAUUUAAUACUUCAAAUGAUUUGGAUUUAGAGUAUUAUUGUUAUUACAAAGGUGAUGGUGCAUGUGACUUACCUGAAGCUCCUAAAGUUGAAGAUCUUAUGGACUUUGAUUCUUUAUGGCCAGAAAAGGAAUCAAAACAUCAUUUCCCACCGGAUUUUUCCAAUGCUGAUCGUUCCCUUUUCAACGUAUUACAUAUCUCCGAUUUCCAUACCCAAUUGAGAUAUACUGUUGGAGCUGAAGGUCAAUGUGAUCAAUCACUUUGUUGUUUACCUGAAAGUUUCACCGAACUGGUUGAUGAUGACGAAAAAUAUAACUUCACCACCCAGUAUCUGACCUACGUCCCUGAUUUAGAUGUUUCUUCCAUUAACUUGAGUUUUUAUCCUGAUGCUCAUUAUGAUGAAAACAACAAUUAUGUUUCAGGAGAUUCUGAAGACCUUACUAGUUCAAAAGGAUGGAACUUUGCUAUUGAACCCGCUUCUACUUUUGGUUCUUUCCUUUGUGAUUCACCAAUCGUUUUAGUUAACAAUACUUUGAAACAAAUAGCAAAAACCUUAGAUGAUAAAAAAUUCAAAUUCACUUUAUUUACUGGAGAUUUAGUUGAUCAUGAUAAAAUCCAUGCAAAUCCAGAAACUACCAUGGACGCUGAAAAAUUGGGAUUUGGAAUGAUCAAACAUUUCUUAGGGGGAAUUCCUGUUUAUUCUGCAAUGGGUAAUCACGAUACUUUCCCUUACGGUCAAUUAGCUCCUGAAAAAUAUGAUACCAUAAAUGCUUAUUCUUAUAAUAGUAAAUUAAUGAGUGAUUUAUGGGUAGGUGAUGGUUGGUUACCUGAAGAGGAUAGACAAGAAAUCAAAAGUCACUAUUCUGGUUUCUCUACCGUUACCAAAGAAGGAUUGAAAAUAAUUGUUUUGAAUUCUAAUGCUUAUUAUCAAAAAAAUUUAUGGGCUUAUAUCAACAUGGCCACAGAUUUGGAUCCUUUUGGUAACUGGGAAUUCUUGAUAAAUGAAUUAGUUGAAAGUGAAAAGAAUAAUCAAAGAGUUUGGAUCAUGUCUCAUAUUUCAUCAUCAGAUGAAGAUGCUUUACCUAUUCAAUCACAAAUAUUUUCCAAGAUCGUAGAAAGAUUCAGUCCCUAUACCAUUGCCAACAUUUUCUAUGGUCACACGCAUAGGGAUCAAUUCAAAAUUUUCUUUUCAUCAAAUUCCACUAGUGCUGAAGAUGUUGAAAGAGAAGUCAUCAACAUGGCCUAUUUAGCUCCUUCAGUCACUCCUCGUAAAAAUUAUAAUCCUUCAUAUAAAUAUUACGAAAUUGAAAAUAGUACCUUCAAUGUUAUUAAUUCAUACACAUAUUAUGCAGACUUAGAUGAAACUUAUGUUAGUGGGGGUAAAGAACCUGUUUGGGAUCAUUUUUACUCUGCAAGAGAAAUCUACGAUGAGGAUGGUGAAUGGCCAUCAGAUGCUCCAUUAAACGGUACUUUCUGGAACGAAUUUGUAUUGAAGAAGUUGACUGAUGAUGAUAUUGAUUUCAACCAGAAAUAUAUCGAUUAUCAAUACAGAAACACUCCUACCAAACCUGAUUGUACUUCCAAGAAAGGGAAAUUGAAAGACAAGUGUAAGAAGAAAAACUAUUGUGAAGCUAAUUUUGAUUUAUCUGAAGACUAUCUCAGAUGUAUCGAAGAAGUUGACAAUAGUUAA